GCAUGGGGUGGAGGGAGUGGCCAGCAGCCCUGCCCAGAUUAAGCUGGAGGCUCGUGGGUGUUUGUGACUCUGGAGGCCAGGUUUGCUGGCAGCUCCCGUGCGGCUGCACAUCUGUUGCUGGCCUUCAGCUCGCAGCCACCGCACAGAAUUGAAGCGGAACAGCCAGUGAAGAGAAAUACGGUCACGGUCACGGGUGGAUUCCCUCCAGCCACCACAGCGAGGCGCGUGUCAAGUCUGCCUGCAGUUCCUUCUCUGCCCGGUCGUUCGCCUAGGACACAGACUCUCCACUGUCCAUGAGAGCCUUCUGGCAGAGAGAAGACUGCAGAAAUAUUUUGGACCCAGAGGUCACCAGUGAGGGUACUUGUGCUCCAGGUCUUCAUGAGGUGCUUUUUCAAGCCCUCAGUUAUAGGCCCCUGGUCACUAAUAUUUAUUCUUUUUACCAUACAAUAUGAAUAUGGGAGUGGCAAGAAAUACGGCAGCCCUUGUGGAGGAAGAAACUGCUCUGUCUGCCAGUGUUUUCCUGAAAAGGGGUCUCGGGGUCAACCAGGACCACUGGGACCACAGGGACCAAUAGGGCCCUUGGGACCACCAGGACCCAUUGGGAUUCCAGGAGAGAAAGGACUGAGAGGUGACAGUGGCCUGCCUGGAGCAGCAGGAGAGAAAGGAGACAAGGGUCCAACUGGUGUCCCUGGAUUUCCAGGUUUGGAGGGCGUACCUGGGCACCCAGGGCCCCCGGGGCCCAGAGGCAAACCUGGAUUGGAUGGUUUCAGUGGCUCAAGAGGUGAUCCGGGAUUUCCAGGAGAAAGAGGAGCUCCUGGUCCAGGAGGCCCCCCUGGUCACCCGGGGCAAAAUGGAGAAAAAGGAAGGUCAGUGUUCAUUUCAGGUGGCGUUAAAGGUGUUCAGGGAGACCGCGGGGACCAAGGGCUGCCCGGCUUACCAGGAUCCAGGGGUGCACAAGGAUCAACAGGGCCCAUGGGGUAUGCUGGUGCACCAGGGCCAGCAGGACCUAUAGGUCAUCCUGGGAGCCCUGGAUUGAAGGGAAACCCCGCUGUGGGAAUAAAAGGGCAAAAAGGAGAGCCGGGUGAAGUUGGCCUGCACGGUCCUCCUGGGCCUACCCUGUUUGUACAGCCGCCUGAUUUGAAUCUCUAUAAAGGAGAAAAGGGUAUAAAAGGAAUUCCUGGAGUGAUUGGACCUCCAGGACCUCCAGGACGCAAGGGAGAGCCCGGUAUUGGGACAAAAGGAGAGAAAGGUAUUCCUGGGUUCCCAGGACCCCGGGGUGAGCCUGGUUCCCAUGGAGCUCCAGGUUUUCCAGGAGUCAAGGGGGAACAAGGAGCGCCUGGAGAGCCUGGGUUGUUCGGAUUUCUCGGUCCAAAGGGAGAUCCUGGAGAUCGUGGCUACCCAGGACCACCAGGCCUUUCAGUUACUCCCUCUCCUCCACUCAAAGGUCCUCCAGGGGACCCAGGACACCCUGGCCGCCAUGGAGAAAUUGGAGAUGUUGGACUACCAGGUCCUCCCGGGCCCCCAGGCAGAUCAGGGGAAACUUGUCCAGGCAUAGUGGGACCUCCUGGGCCACCAGGGAUUCCUGGUCUCCCAGGAUUUCCAGGGGAAGCUGGUGUUCCUAGAAGACUGCACUGUGCCCCAGGAAGACCAGGGAAUCCAGGACCACCUGGCCUGCCUGGAGCACCAGGACCACAGGGUCCCCCUGGAUCAAAUGUUACAUAUUGUCACCCUGGGUGCCCUGGACCAAUGGGAGAAAAGGGGAAAAUGGGUCCCCCAGGAAGAAGUGGAGCCAAAGGAGAAAAAGGAAAUGAGGGACUCUGUGCCUGUCCACAUUGUCCCAUGAGACCCCCUGGCCCUCCAGGACUUCCUGGAAGACAAGGAAGUAAAGGAGACUUAGGGCUUCCUGGAUGGCCUGGAGAGAAAGGUGAUCCAGGCCAGCCUGGUGUUGAAGGACCUCCAGGGCCACCAGGAAAUCCUGGUGCCUUGGGGCCACCUGGUCACAAAGGGGCAAAGGGUGACAUGGUCACAUCAACAGUGAAAGGACAAAAAGGAGAAAGAGGACAUGAUGGGCCACCAGGAUUUCCUGGGCCACGUGGGCAAGAUGGUCAGGAUGGACAAGCUGGAGAAAGAGGGGAUCCUGGGCCCCAAGGUGACCACAAGGAUGCGACCCCGGGUGAGAGAGGACUUCCUGGACUGCCAGGUCCUCCAGGGAGAGUAGGACCUGUGGGGCCUCCAGGACUGGGAAUUCCAGGCCCACCAGGAGAGAGAGGCCAACCAGGAGAGCCAGGGCGUCCAGGCUUGAGGGGAUUUGAUGGCAUGAAGGGCCAGAAAGGUGACACCGUUUUUUGUAAUGUAACCUACCCAGGGAAUCCGGGCCCUCCAGGAUUUGAUGGACCUCCAGGUCUGAAGGGGUUUCCAGGUCCCCCUGGUGCUCCGGGUAUGAGAUGUCCAGUCGGGCAGAAAGGCCAGCAGGGCAAACCAGGAAGGCCUGGAGUUCCAGGUCCACCUGGCUUUCGUGGUGACAUGGGAGAUCCAGGAAUCGGAGGUGAAAGGGGGACCUCCCCUAUUGGACCUCCAGGUCCACCUGGGUCUCCUGGAAUGGAUGGCCAGAGAGGAAUCCCAGGAGACCCUGCAUUUGGUUACCCAGGACCCCCUGGAGAAAGGGGUUUUCCAGGAGUGCCAGGCAUUAAAGGACACAAAGGUUACCCGGGAUGCCCAGGGUCUGAAGGUCCACCCGGCAUCCCUGGAUCUCCAGGUCUCAAAGGUCCCAAAGGCAGAGAAGGAAGUCCUGGGUUUCCAGGGAUCCCAGGUCCUCCUGGCCACUCCUGUGAAAGAGGUGCUCCAGGGAUCCCAGGACAACCAGGACUUCCUGGAGCUCCCGGAAAUCCAGGUGCCCCAGGCUGGAAAGGCCAACGAGGAGACAUGGGGCCUUCUGGACCAGCUGGGAUGAAGGGACUCCCUGGCCUUCCAGGCCUCCCAGGAGCAGAUGGUCUCCGAGGUCCUCCUGGGAUUCCAGGUCCCACUGGGGAAGAUGGCUCACCUGGCCUUCCAGGCCCAAAGGGACGCCCAGGGCUUCCAGGCUACCCUGGCUUUCCAGGAGAGAGAGGAAGGUCAGGCCCGGAUGGACAACCUGGGAGAAGGGGAGAAAUCGGAGAGAAGGGCUGGCCUGGCUCACAGGGAGACCUGGGAGAGAGAGGUGCCAAAGGAGACAGAGGACCUCCCGGCGAUGCAGGAGAAAUAGCCAUCAUUUCGAAAAAGGGAGAUCCUGGAGAAACUGGGCCUCCAGGAGAUGAUGGGUUCCCGGGACAGAGAGGUGAUAAAGGAGGCCCAGGGAUGCAUGGGGGAGGAGGAGAUCCCGGAAGAGAUGGACCACCUGGACUACACAGAGGGCAGCCUGGGAUAAAUGGGCAGCCUGGGCCUCCGGGCCCCCCUGGCCCUCCAGGUGCACCUGGACCAAGGGGAGUCAUUGGUUUUCCGGGAUUUCCAGGUGACCAGGGUGAUGUAGGUUCUCGAGGACCCCCUGGAUUCCCAGGAGAUGAUGGAGCAAGAGGACCUAAAGGAAACAAAGGUGACCCUGCCAGUCAACAUGGUCCACCUGGUCCAAAGGGUGAGCCAGGUAGCCCUGGAUACCAAGGACAUCCUGGAGCCCCUGGAGAGCAAGGCUUUCCUGGAGGUGAAGGAUCUAGAGGACCACCAGGCAGACCUGGACAGCCUGGCUCUUCUGGACCACCAGGGUAUCCAGGUGAUUCAGGGAUGCCUGGACCGAAGGGCCAUCCUGGAGAAAUGGGAGACCCUGGGCCAAGAGGUUUCCCAGGAGCUAUAGGGAGACCAGGUCCUCCUGGAGUAAAAGGGCCCCCCGGGUCUCCUGGGCUGAACGGCUUGCACGGUCUCAAGGGUGAGAAAGGAGCCAAAGGUACCUCAGGUUUGCAUGAAAUGGGUCCACCUGGGCCAAUGGGAGUGCCUGGACUAAAGGGAGAGAGAGGUGACCCUGGGAGCCCAGGAAUUUCUCCCCCAGGCCUUUCUGGAGAAAAAGGCCUCCCAGGACCCCCAGGGAGACCAGGACAACCUGGUCCCCCCGGUGCCCCAGGAAGAGCUGCUAAAGGUGACAUUCCUGAUCCAGGUCCACCUGGAGACUGGGGACCUCCCGGCCCUGAUGGCCCAAGAGGAGCACCUGGGCCUCCAGGUUCCCCUGGGAACGUCGACCUUCUGAAAGGUGAUCCAGGUGACCAUGGUUUGCUUGGACCACCUGGCUCCCGAGGCCCACCAGGCCCUCCAGGCUGUCAGGGUGCCCCAGGAUGUGAUGGCCAAGAUGGUCAGAAAGGACCAAUGGGAUUCCCAGGGCCUCCAGGGCCACCUGGCCUUCCUGGGGCACCUGGAGAGAAGGGACUGCCUGGACCUCCAGGCAGAAAAGGAUCCAUAGGCCCUCCAGGCUGCAGAGGUGAACCCGGGCCCCCUGUGGAUGUGGAUUCCUGUCCUCGGAUUCCAGGACUUCCUGGAGUGCCAGGCCCCAGGGGACCAGAAGGAACUGUGGGGCUCCCUGGACAGAAAGGCCCCCCUGGACCAGGGUGCAAAGGAAAGCCUGGGCUGGAUGGCAGGCGGGGCCAGGAUGGCAUCCCUGGAUCUCCUGGGCCUCCAGGACACACAGGUGACACUGGAGAGGCUGGCUGCCCUGGAGCUCCAGGCCCUCCUGGUCCAACUGGUGAUCCUGGGCCCAAGGGGUUUGGCCCUGGAUACCUCAGUGGCUUCCUCCUUGUUCUCCACAGUCAGACAGAUCAAGAACCCGCUUGCCCUGUGGGUAUGCCCCGGCUUUGGACCGGAUACAGCCUGUUAUACAUGGAAGGACAGGAGAAGGCACACGAUCAAGACCUUGGUUUGGCAGGGUCUUGUCUUCCGGUGUUCAGCACACUGCCCUUUGCCUACUGCAACAUCCACCAAGUGUGUCACUACGCCCAGAGAAAUGACAGGUCCUACUGGCUGUCCACCGGGGCUCCCCUUCCCAUGAUGCCACUCUUGGAGGAAGAGAUCCGCCCUUACAUCAGCCGCUGUGCUGUGUGCGAGGCCCCAGCCCAGGCAGUGGCUGUCCACAGUCAGGACCAAUCCAUCCCACCGUGUCCACGGGCAUGGAGGAGCCUCUGGAUUGGGUACUCAUUUCUGAUGCACACUGGAGCUGGGGACCAAGGAGGAGGGCAGGCGCUCAUGUCGCCUGGCAGCUGCCUAGAGGACUUCAGGGCUGCACCGUUCCUUGAAUGCCAAGGCCGGCAGGGAACCUGUCACUUUUUUGCAAAUGAAUACAGCUUCUGGCUGACCACGGUGAACCCAGAUCUGCAGUUUUCCUCUGGCCCAUCACCCGACACCUUGAAAGACGUGCAGGCCCAGCGCCAGAAAAUCAGCAGGUGCCAGGUCUGCAUGAAGUAUGGCUAGAGCAUCCAAAACAUGCCCACAGGCAUCAAUACAUCUCAAAGAGGAAAAGAUUCCCCAACAUUCGGUGGUGCACUCUCCCGUCUCUCAGUCCCGCCAUGCCUUGCCUCAGCGUGGUUACCGCGGGAGUCCUUUUCCUAGAGACAGAUCAAGCAAAGGCUGCACACGUGCAUUUCUUUGGCUCCUGCCAAUCUAGAUGAAACCCACACAUUCUCCCUUUAUUGAGAUGAUGGAAGAACAGGCUUUAUUUAAACAUGUGUUAAUUCCCCGAAAAGCAAGAUUAUAAAUGCCUGAAAACUCCAUUCAUUGGUUGACAGCGUCUCAAACAACUGAACCCAUUGGACUUCUGGUUAGAUUUUUACAGGAACAAUAUAAAUAGGCCGACAAAUGAAGCUAUGAAGGAGAGAGUUCCAAUGUUUCAAAAUGAUUUCCUCUAUAAUCUAUUUUUUUAAACUACGCGCUAUAAAUAAUUGUGGGACCAUGGCCCAAAGAGGUUUUUGAAAAGGAGGAAGAAAAGGAAAACAGCCUCUCCUCACUGCCAGUAUUGGCAGGGUCAUUUUGCCAGGAAGGCCUGCAGUCCUGUAUUCCAGGGUCUCGACAUUAACAUAAACACUUCACCGAUGAAUAUAAAACAUUUCGUUCUCUCCUGCAUUUUACAGAGAAUGGAAAUGCCUACUUUGGCAACCCUUUUGAAAAGUAGCAAUUAUAGGAAAAAUAUAUUCAAUAAGGGAUUAGGGGCCUAAAAGCUAUUAAUGAAUAUUAAGGUACUGAUUCACAAAAAUUGACUCCCUGUCCCAGGGAACCUGCAAACAGACCACUUUUCCCCAGUUGGGGGCCAGCGUGUCCUCCUGCUAAUGGGACAGAAGCCACAUGGGGCUUACUGGGCAAUCCAAAGGCUGGUACAAAGCCUCUUGCUCUCCUCCGCAGGAGAGCCUGCAAAGCACAGCCUCCACGUGCAUAAUGGCAACUGACUCCUGAAACGACAGGGCUAUCAUUAUGCACUUGGGAGAAAAUUAAGGGCUGACUUAAUUAAACUUAGGUAAGAAGAUUCAUUUACAUCAGGGUCACCUCACCAGGAAGGCAGGGGGCUCUCUAGAACAGAAACAAAGAUGAUGCCCAAUCUGAAUUUUGUGUCCAUGUGAUUUUUUUUUUAAUGUGAGCAUCCGUCUUGCCAAUUUUCAAACAUUCUUUAUAUUGCAUUAGCAUCAUGGCAGGACAGCUGUUUGACACUGGACCUUAGCAGCUCGUGAACACGGUUAGGAUCCAUGUCAAUUUGCAGUGAUUUUUCUGCAUACCAAAAGGUCUGCUGGCUACUCAGCCAGGGCUCCCUACAAAUCACCAAUUGAAAGCUUUGCUAGAAAAGACUCUUUUUUUUUUUUUGAAACUCACCUUCCUCAGCUAAAGUAAAACUGUCAUUAUAAUAGAAAGAAAGGAUGUUCCCCUGAGAGCGACACUCAUGCCAGAGCUUACCUUUCAGUGCACUCAAGGAUAAUUGAAAGAAAAACUCAAUUAAAAUUUUGUUUCUGGGACUGGAGCAAUGGCUGGGUAGUUAAGAGCACUCACUGUUCCUGCAGAAGAUCUGAAUUCUGUUCCUAGGUUCCUAGCACCCAGUCAGGUGGCUCAUAGUCACCAUUAACUCCAGGUCCUCUUCUGGCCUCCAUGGGCACGCAUGCCUGUACACAUAUAAAUACCCAUCCACAGGCAUGUAUACUUAAAAACAAAAGUAAAUUCAAAAACAUUUCUAAGACACGUUUGCUUUGUCAUCCUUUGGUCAGCGAUGAACUCCUUUAUACAGAAUGCAUUUAGCAUUUGUUUUAAAUUUAUUUUUAUUUUCAUUUUAUUAUUAUUAUUAUUUUGCUGUAGGCUGCCUGUGGGAUGGCAGUUUAAGAGAACUUUCUGGUCAAAAAUAUCUAUUUUAUUUUUUAGUUUUUAAGCUAGUGUCUUAGCCUGUAGUUUAACUUGGCCCAGAAUAUAACCCAAUACUGGCUUCAAAAUUGGCAAUUGCCUGGAGCCUCCAAAGUGCUAGGAGUUAGAUUUUUUUAAGAAACACAAUUUUUUGUUUUGAAGGUAUUGCUUCAGCCUAGUCUGGAACUCACUAUGUAACCAGGACUGAAUGUCUCUAUUUUAACAUGAAAUAUUUUCUUAAUGUAGCAGAAUAUUUCCUAUUGAUCCAUUUGGUUUUGAGUUCACGCUAACCAUGUUGAAUAUUUUGAGUGUCUGAAAUUGAAGCUCACUUCAUCUUUACUUGCAUUAUGAUUAUAUUUCCAGAAUCCUCAUCUAUCACCCCAAACCAGACCUCCUGAAAGCUCAUGACAAACUUGGUCUGAGAACAUGUCCCAGGAAACGGUGAGGGGAACAGAUGAGUACAGGUUGCCAUUGCUUGCUACAAAACAUCAAACCCUUUAACUUUGUGGUUAGGAUAUUAACACACUUCAUAAAUAAAUUAGGACUGGCUGAAUCAGGAGGGCAGUUUAGCUCCCUGAGAUAGCAGGCACGAAACAGUUAAAAGUGUAGAUCCCAUGGCCUCCCUCUGAAUAUGACAUGGAUCAGAAAUGUAUUUUGAAAUGGUUCAGAAGGGCAAAACAAUAGGAAAAACAUUCUUGGGGCAGAAGAACAUGUUAUUUUCAAGUUAUUGUUUCUCUUUCCACCUGGCUAUAUAUCAAUGUUUUUGGAACAGCCUUGCUCAGUGGGGACAAAACAAAGUUUUGUAGUGAUCCUAACUCAUUACUUUGAUGGUUUUAUCUAAGCCUCCUUUUCAAAACCUCCACCCUUGACUGGCUGGAAUGUGCCUAGGUCCCUAACGGGAAUUACUUGGAGGCCUUGUACUACAGCCUGGACUGGGUGCUUCCUUCUGGGUCCUCAAUCUUGGUAAGUGGAACCCAUCCAUCAGGCAGGUGUCCAGCAUGUGGUGUGUUCCCCAGGCUGAAACUCACACCCCCACUUUUGUGGGAGCUGCUAUCCCUCCUCCAUGCUUCCUGCAUCUCACAUAGCUUUCCACCUAGGCUCUCACAGGAACUUUCUCAUUUGGAAGCCCAGUCAUCCUCUAAGUUCCAUCCAAAUUAGGUUUUGUUAUCUUUUGGCUUAAAACCCACAAUGACCACACUGCCUGUGAAAUCCAAAUGACUUCACACAGGGUGAAAGGUCCAUUGUAAAGUGGAGGCUUAUGUCUGUGUCUCUUGUCAGCAUAAGCUGCAUACAGCUCUGUAAAUGCUCACAUACCUUUGUGUCUUUGGCUCCUCUUUCUACCAUCAAUGUCCUCUCUUGGGUCCAUUGGUUUGGUAGACACAAGUUUAUCCUAGCACAAUAGAUUAGUGGUAGGCAUAUGAACUUCCCAAAGAGACUUGGGGGGGGUGCGUCUGCUCUCCAUCUCCAUUCUUUAAUCUCUCAGCACACUUCUUUCAUUCACUGGUUAAAAACUGAAGCCCUUGUGGGGCAGGGGCCAUGUUUUGCCAGUCUUUGGAUAUCCGGUGUUAGCACAUGAACGUGUCUAUUCCAUCAUCCAGUGACCAUUUCCUCUGCCUUAUUAAGCCUUUGAUGUUCAGCUCUGCAUAUAAGAUCUCACUGGUAAAAGGGUGCCCAGCAUAAUAAGUCUUUCUUACUUUGGAAUAUCAGACCGUUAACCAUACCCACACAUCCACAAGCUCUUAGUACAAUUAUCACCAUUAACGCCAGUCAACCAGCACUGACCCCUCUUCACAAUUAAUUACUUCUCUAUGAACCGAAGGAGAAAGGAGAUUUGCUCCAAGAUUUGGCAGGAAGAAGAACCUUCGCUGAAAUUAGAUGACUCGUGCUACAGUCUGUAUUUCCUCACCAUUCUUGGCCCCAAGUCGCCUCUACAAAGCCCACGUACGUUUUGAGUGCUUAGGAAGUCAGCAGAAUGGCCUGUGAGACUUGAACUUCAUCAGAGAGUUUCUCUUGCACUUCGUGCAGGUAACCACAAAGCAGACCAUUCUUCUCUGUGAUCAGGGGUCUACCAGGCCACUGGAAUAGUUUAACAGUUGUCUCUUUUACUUGCUAUGGCUACAAGAAUGGGGGGAAAAGGAGGACUUCUGAAUGGGUUGGACCUAGAUUUCAAUCCAAAUGUGUCCCUUCUCAGAUGUGUUGCCAUGGGAGACUUCAGCUAAAUUUCCCCCUCAUUUAUAAGGGAGGACAUUACACUCAUGUUGAAAAUUAGAGUUGGAUUCUUACCUACCUAGAGCAUAAAUAGCAAUCACUACACACCAGUUAUGGUCACAUCUUCUCUUUAAAAUAAGGUAUUUAAUAUGAAAACUAUUUCUUGUCUUCCUCCUCCCCACAACAAAAUUACAUGUCGAUUCUCACAGGGCAUAUAAAUUACUGAUUAGAAAUAUUCAUACCUAGCCAGUUCUUAACGUAUUUGGGAAUGGUUCUUUAUUUCAAUUCUCAGAGUUAUUGUACCACAAAAAGUAUCAUAAUUUCCUGCCGGGACAUUAUGAGUAAGGUCUGCAGGGAACAAACAAUUGACAUUAAAAAAUCAUCAUUCUACAAUUGUCACUAUUAUCCCCAAGAAAUUCUGCAUAAUGCAUUUUAAACCAGGGUGUCUAGCUGACACAUCCAUGUGAAAUGCUUGAAUUUUAUGGUGCUUAAAUAUUUAAUGAUUCAUUGGGAAAAUGUGAAAGAUGUCUGAGAAACUGCAUCCCUUCCUCUAACCUAUGGUUUUAACGUAAAAAAAAAUUGAUCAUGCACCUUUUGCAAGAUGCCUGAUCUACUACUGACACACAAAUAUUUGCUGUAUUGUCAUUUAUGAUAAGGUUCAUCAUAUAUAAAAAUGUGUGAUGGCUUCCACAA